GGUGAGAGCGGCGCGGCGCUGGUGCUGGCGGGCUUCGCGGGGAGACUCCGGGCGGACGCGGCCGGCGCCGGCUUGUGGGCUCUCCGCCUGCAGCCAUGACCCUCGCAGUGUGUUCCCGAGCCGUCUAAUAAUCCCGCACGGUCGAGCGCGGCUGCCUGGAGAGCCCGGCAGCCCUUUUCCUUCGCAGCCCUUGGUGUCUUAUCGCACUCCCUGUCCCGGAGCUGGGAGCCAGCGCGGGCAGCCGGCGUCCCCGUGCAAACUGGGGGUAUCUGCUGAAGCCGCCCGCGCCGCUGCUGCCCCGGUCUCUGGCCAUGGCCUGGCGGGGCGCAGGGCCGAGCGCCCCGGGGGCGCCUGGGGGCGCCGGACUCCGCCUGGGGUUGCUGCUGCUGCUGCAGUUGCUGGGGCCGGCGCGGGGAUUCGGAGACGAGGAGGAGCGGCGCUGCGACCCCAUCCGCAUUUCCAUGUGCCAGAACCUGGGCUACAACGUGACCAAGAUGCCCAACUUGGUGGGGCACGAGCUGCAGACGGACGCCGAGCUGCAGCUGACAACUUUCACGCCGCUUAUCCAGUACGGCUGCUCCAGCCAGCUGCAGUUCUUCCUUUGUUCGGUGUAUGUGCCAAUGUGCACAGAGAAGAUCAACAUCCCCAUCGGCCCGUGCGGCGGCAUGUGUCUUUCAGUCAAGAGACGCUGCGAGCCUGUCCUGAAGGAGUUUGGCUUCGCCUGGCCAGAGAGCCUAAACUGCAGUAAAUUCCCUCCCCAGAAUGACCACAACCAUAUGUGCAUGGAAGGGCCAGGAGAUGAAGAGGUGCCCUUACCACAUAAGACCCCCAUCCAGCCUGGGGAGGAGUGUCACUCCGUGGGAACCAAUUCUGACCAGUACAUCUGGGUGAAAAGGAGCCUGAACUGUGUGCUCAAGUGCGGCUAUGACGCUGGCUUGUACAGCCGCUCGGCCAAGGAGUUCACCGACAUCUGGAUGGCUGUGUGGGCCAGCCUGUGCUUCAUCUCCACUGCCUUCACGGUGCUCACCUUCCUCAUUGAUUCCUCUAGGUUUUCCUACCCUGAACGCCCCAUCAUAUUUCUCAGUAUGUGCUAUAAUAUUUAUAGCAUUGCUUAUAUUGUCAGGCUGACGGUGGGCCGGGAAAGGAUAUCCUGCGAUUUUGAAGAGGCGGCAGAACCCGUUCUCAUCCAAGAAGGACUUAAGAACACAGGAUGUGCAAUAAUUUUCUUGCUGAUGUACUUUUUUGGGAUGGCCAGCUCCAUCUGGUGGGUUAUUCUGACACUCACUUGGUUUUUGGCAGCCGGACUCAAAUGGGGUCACGAAGCCAUUGAGAUGCACAGCUCUUAUUUCCACAUUGCAGCCUGGGCUAUCCCUGCAGUAAAAACCAUUGUCAUCUUGAUUAUGAGACUGGUGGAUGCAGAUGAGCUGACUGGCCUGUGCUAUGUAGGCAACCAAAACCUCGAUGCCCUCACUGGCUUCGUGGUGGCUCCACUCUUCACUUACUUGGUAAUUGGAACCUUGUUCAUCGCUGCAGGUUUGGUGGCCUUGUUCAAGAUUCGGUCAAAUCUGCAAAAGGAUGGGACAAAGACAGAUAAGUUAGAAAGGCUGAUGGUCAAGAUUGGGGUCUUUUCAGUACUGUAUACAGUUCCCGCAACCUGUGUGAUUGCCUGUUAUUUCUAUGAAAUUUCUAACUGGGCACUGUUCCGGUAUUCUGCAGAUGAUUCCAAUAUGGCGGUGGAGAUGCUCAAAAUUUUCAUGUCUUUGCUAGUGGGCAUCACUUCUGGUAUGUGGAUUUGGUCUGCCAAAACUCUUCACACUUGGCAGAGGUGUUCCAAUAGAUUGGUGAACUCUGGGAAGGUGAAGAGAGAGAAGAGAGGCAAUGGUUGGGUGAAACCUGGGAAAGGCAAUGAAACUGUGGUGUAAGGCCAGCCUCCACACUUUCCUCAUGUUGAAAGGUGGCAUGCCAGCAUUUUGAUGGAGAUACUACCAAAACUUCCUAUGCAGUGAAUCCAGCAACACGUAAACCCUGCCUCUCAUCAACCUGCCAUCCUCCACCGCUACCCCACCAUCAUAAAACCAAUGAUUUUGCUGCAGACUUUGGAAUGAUCCAAAAUGGAAAAGCCAGGUAGAGGCUUUUGAAGCUGUGAAAAAUCAAAAUGUUGAUGACUUUAGCAGGUUACAGCUUGGAGCAUGGAAGUCCUGUCUUGAUUCCAAGAAGUUUCAGGGCAAUGUUGUGUUUCCCUUCAGGGUGGGAUUGAGCUGUGAGUUGAUAACUUACAGGGGGACAGAUUGAUGUUUUUUAACCUUUUUAAAUUUAAAGUGCUAACUGGGUCUUUCAGAUAACAAAGUGAUCUGUAAACACUGGAAAGGCUGGGUUCAGAGAAGUGUUAUAAGAGUUUUAUAGUUUGGCUGAUCUAACAUAAACAUCUUCUGUGGUGCACUGUCUGCUGUUUAGAAUUUGCUGGAUUGCACUCCCAAGAGGUGGUGUCAAAAUCUUUCAGUGCCUUUGUCAUAAAACAGAGUUGUUUGAACAAACAACGGUCCUGUACUAACACACAUGAGGUAUCCACAGUAUUUUUCUUCUCUCUCUCUUCCUCUCUUAAAUUUCACCAUCUCUAUUGUACGCUGCUGCUGUUUUCUUCAUUGUACACUAAUGACUCAAAAAAAGUAUUUUUAUAGGAUUUUUUGCUCUGCAGCAUGCCUAACGAAGGGGAAGGGAAGGGUGAUUCACUUUCUCACAAUCGCUUA